UCUCUCUCUCUCUCUCUCUCUCUCUCUCUCUCUCUUUCUCUGCGUCUCUCCGUUUCACACUUGGAAUGUGGCACUCUUUGGUUUUGACUUUGUUUGGAAUCUCCACUUUGGUCCAUGUUUCUCUUCAGGGCCCUCACCAGAGGACUCUGUUAAAAAACUUGUUAAAAGACUACAAUCGUAUGGAGCGGCCAGUAGCCAAUGACUCACAGCCUCUCACAGUCGUCCUUACCCUCAGCCUGGUACAGAUCAUGGAUGUGGAUGAAAAAAAUCAAGUUCUCACCACCAAUAUUUGGCUUAACAUGCGUUGGUAUGAUUAUUAUUUGCAAUGGAACCAGACUGAAUAUCCUGGAGUGAAGAAUCUCCGAUUCACCACUGACCAAAUUUGGACCCCAGACAUCCUGCUGUAUAACAGCGCUGAUGACGACUUUGACUCAACCUUUAAGACCAAUGUGCUGGUGAAUUCCAGCGGCUACUGCACUUAUUUGCCUCCAGGUAUCUUCAUGAGCACCUGUAAUGUGGAUGUUCGCUGGUUUCCUUUCGACAUCCAGAAAUGUGAGUUGAAAUUUGGCUCGUGGACCUUUGACGGUUGGCUGCUUGACCUCCAGAUGAGUGAGGCUGAUAUUUCUGGCUACAUGCCCAAUGGAGAGUGGGACCUUGUGGGUGUGCCUGGGACAAGGAAUGAGGUUUUCUAUGACUGCUGUAAGGAGCCAUACCCAGACGUGACAUUUGUGGUUACCAUCCGUAGACGAACGCUCUACUACGCCCUGAACCUCCUCAUUCCCUGCGUACUGCUCUCCUCCAUGACUCUACUGAUUUUUGUGCUACCUGCUGAUUCUGGAGAGAAGAUCUCACUGGGUAUUACAGUUCUGCUAUCACUAACAGUCUUCAUGUUACUGGUGGCAGAAAUUAUGCCUGCAACCUCUGACUCCAUUCCACUUAUAGGGCAGUACUUUGCCAGUAUAAUGAUCAUUGUUGGGAUGUCAGUUAUAGCAACUGUGGUUGUACUACAAUAUCAUCAUCACGAUCCGAAUGGGGGAAACAUGCCUAAAUGGGUCCAGCUGGUUCUGCUCCAGUGGGUGGCCUGGUUUUUGCGCAUGAAGCGUCCUGGUGAGUGUGAAGACCCUGAGCGUCCUCCAUGUGCUCCGCAUUUACGCCGUUGCUCUUCAGGCUCCCAUACCGGCAGCCUUCCCAACACAGUGGACCACCACCAACACCAUCAUGUGCCUACCACACUACAUCCACUUCACCCUCAGAGCCUCUUGCAAGCAGCAGGCCAUGCCAACCACAUCCCCUUACAAAUUAACAGUGUUAACAACAACGGAAACCUGCUCUACACUGGGUUUCCAAGCUUGGAUGAGGCCUCGCCGCCUCCGUUAUUGACCGACUCAGCCCCAAGGAACAGCAUAUCAGGUGUUGUCACUCGACCAGGGUCAUCCAGCCCACCACCUCACUUGCCUCCGCAUUUCAGCAUUCCACCACCUCCCCCAACACCAAACCUGGAAGCCCCUGGAUGCCCCAGUACGGUCUCGGGUGGUGCUGGUGGUUGUUCAUGCUCAGCAGCUAGUGGCAGUGCAGGAGACCCACAGCUGCAGGCUAUCCUGGAUGAAGUGCGCUACAUUGCUGAGCGUUUCAGAGCCCAGGACGAAAGUGACAGUGUAAAAGAGCAGUGGAAAUUUGCAGGGGCUGUCAUUGAUCGCCUCUGCCUUGUUGCCUUCAGUGUCUUUAACAUCAUCUGUACCAUCUCCAUCCUCAUGUCAGCGCCCAAUUUUGUCGAAGCAGUUUCCAAGGAUUUCAUUUGAUGGGAUGCAAAUGAAUGCACAAUGUGUAGAUCAGGAAAGCCUGUCUGUACAGAGGAAAUAUUUCAGACUGUUCAUCAAAGACCUUCGAGUUGUGGGGGAAAAAAUAAAGUGUAUUAAACAACGGGACUCUAUAACUUUACAUACUAGACAGACAAAUGGACAGAAAUUGACUUAUUUGUCAUACAAACAUUAACCUCAAAGAGAAAGGGGAGUCAAUGGGAACUAAAUUCUUAUUUGAAAGAAUGUAACAUGGUCUUGUCAUCAUAGGGCAGUACAAGAUCACUGUGAAGUGUCCAAAUAUAUUUUGAGAAUGUGCAUGUUUGGGUGUGGUGCACUGAAUGAAAAAAAAAGAGCUGGUAAGUGCGAGCAACAAAAGCGAGAGUGGAGGAGGGGCUCAGGAUGUUUGUGUAGAUGGUGUUGACUUUUCCAAACAUUUUUUCCAAAAUCUUUCAUGAGAAGAAAAGAAGAAAAUGGGGAUAAGGCUUACUUUCCCUAUUUUCUUUUAAUAGUACACAGAGGAGUAAGAAGCCUUUUUGCAGCAAAAUACAGUAAAGCAAUAGGAAGUUGAGGAAUAUAGACAUUAAGGGGGGAUGCAAUGCAGAAUGCUCGUUAAACCUACCAAGAGACCGCGGGAUGAAGAUUGUAAAUCAUCACUGAGGGAAGAGCGGAUGGGAGGACAAAGGCAAUGAAAGAGAGCACAAGUCAAAGGAGAAGGAGGAUUGAAUUGAAGGCAAGUUAGAAAAGGGAUUGGUGAUCGAUUGUUAUUAUUUAUUGGCAUAAAAAAAAAAAAGAUGUGAAUUAAAGAGUGUAAGAAUUCAAAACAGUGACGGUGAAAAGUAAGAGCGUGAAGUACGAACAAAGGCAAAGCAGGAAUCCCUUUGGGGGAGAGGAGUAAAAUAGAGCAUCUCACAUUUUGAAACAUGGCACACAGAUGCAACUUCAUUCAAAUGAAACAAAACAACAGACUAGACUUAUAGAAGGUAAAGAAAGAGAGAUUGAUAGCGAUGAGAAAACAGGAUGGAACAUUGGAAAAAUUCCCUUGAGAUACACUGAGAAAUGGCACACAGGCACUAACGACACUUUUACAGUCUUCCAGGCAUUUUAUUCCCCAACCUCACAAAGUUUGCAAAGAGGAAAGAAAAAAAAAAAAACAUGCAAAAUAUUCACUUCCACUGCCCCCAGUUAACAGAAACUGUGGAUUACCAAAGAAUGAAGUGUAAGAGAAGCUGCAAGUCUCUACACAUUCACUCAUUAUUUUCUUCUUAACCAUUAAACACAUUUCACGCUAUUUGACUUUCAGACCAGAAGACCAUAUUGUAUAUUUAGUCAAAAGUAAUUCAGCUGGACUAAACAUAAUACCAAGUAUGUAGAAGGUGCUGUAGUGCUGAAAGCAGUGUGGCUGAAACGUUUUUAAUAUUUUAGGUUUUAUUUUUCUCUAUUUCCUCAUUUGCCAUCAAUGCUCCCAAUGCAUUUAGGUUUUAUACAUCAGUUUCACAUUUACAAGUUGUUGUUUUUUUUUUCAAUAUUCCAUAGCACUUAUUCAUCAAACUUAUUAUGGUUAAUUGUUAAUGGAAAAUCCAUGAAACAGACAUUGAGCAGUUAUGUAAGUCUAUGGGUAGAAUAUUCUAAAAUCUACUUCCAUUUCUCCACAACUCAGAUGAGGAAACGCCAAUGAGACUCAUUUAUGACUCAUAAUGUAGCAUUGGAAUUUCAGACUGGUUACUUUGAACCAAACCCCAUAAUGAGACAGUGAGCUCACUCACACAAAACAUCUAAACAUCUAUAAGGACGUUAGAAAGAUGUAGACUGGAAGCAGUUAUGCAGUGCAAUUUUCCAUAUUACAGUGAGCACAAACUGAUUGUCAUGCUGUCUCAGUGCUCUGAACAAUUUAAACAGUAGUCAAUAAUUAUAAUAGAGCAGCUUGUUUUCUUUUUUUUACAUCCUAUGUAAGGCCUGGGAAAGAACUGUAUGUGUCUGAAUUUGGUCUAUUAUUUGUUCAUUAUAAAAACAUACAGGAAAGGACAUGAGCACAGAAAAUAACUGGUUUAUAAGGAGUGAGCUGUGAAGGUAAUAGGGCUGGAGUCUGAUUGAUUAUACCUAAACUGCCGGAGUUUGAUAUUGAAAGACCUGUUCCACCCCCUGACAUCAGAAACAUUACUGAAAAGAUAAAUGAAAAAUGCAUCCCAUGUAUUUGUUUAUAGCUGGCCUGACAUGUAACCUCCAGAUAACUAAAGUUAAAGUGAUUACAACUUUACAACACAAAAACAUUCACCACCCAGAAUUCAGAUUUUUUUUUUUCAGAAUGAACUUUACAUAUCUUUACUGAUCAUAAGGUUGGGGGUUCAAGCCCCAGCAGUGCUACACUGCCACUAUUGGGUCCUUGAACCUUGAGUUGCUGAACCUGUGCAAACCCCCCCACCUUCCUGACAAGCUGGGGUAUGCAAAAGCCUUUUAUUCAAGGCUCUGGGUUACUGAUCAGAAUGCCAUGGGUUCAAGCCUCAGUUUUGCUAAGCUGCAACUUUUGGGCCCUUGAGCAAGGCCUUUAACCCACUGUGCUCCAGGUACACUGUAUCAUGGCUGACCUCAGCUUCCCUAACAUCACUUGGAUAUGCAGAGAAACAAUUUCACUGUUCUGUAAUGUAUAUGGGACAAGUAGAAGCCCCUUUACCUUAUCCAGACUUAUCUCAGUUAUACAUGUGAGUAAUUGAAGGUUAAGGGCCUUGCUCAAGGGCCCAGCAGUGGCAGCUUGGUGGUGCUAGGAUUUGAACCCACAAACGUCCAAUUAGAAGUUCAACAUCUUAUUCACCUCCCCAAUUAUGACAAUUAAAAUUAAGAUUGUGAGCCAGAAGGUUUGGUAUGGACAAAAUCUAGAGCACCAGAACUACAUUAUAAAUAACAGCACAACCAAAACCGGGCACUUAGAAUUAGUUUCAUGAGCAAGCAAAAAUAGUAUUUAUGAUAACAAAAAUAAAUUUGGACAUGACAGUGAGAGGAAAGAGAAGAUUUUAUUAAUUGCUUAGCUGUGCAGGUUAAUCAAACAACUGAUUCAGCAGAAAUACAACAGCAGCCACCUUUUGGAAGCGACUACAUUUUUACCAACAGCACAGACUUAGAUGGUGUCCAGAGCAGGAGAUAUUAAGAAACAUUCAGGACCAUGUCUAUGCAUUUUGUGGGCAUAUGCUUCAGUCAUCUGAAGCGUGUUAACGUGCAUCUAUGUAUGUAUGUAUGUAUGUGUGUGUGUGUGUGUGUGUGUGUGUGAGACCGUCAUCCUGGUGUGAAGUGUGGUUAUAAGUGACCCUGGCCAGGAUAAACUACUUACCAAAAAUGAAUGAAUGAAUUAAUUGUGUAUUCCAUCUUCUCAUCGAACGAGUACAAAGACUGGUUGAAAGUAAAUUAAUGAGAAAAUCAUUAAUAUCUCACUCCCUCUACAAUGCCAACAAUAUUACAUGUGCAUUAAUCAAAAGAAAUCAGAUUUUCCUUCACAUUCACCAGUUAAUUGUCAACACUAAUUAAUAUUCUCGACACACACACACACACCUCUAUUUGUGGAGCCAUAAUACAGAGCACAUGUAAGUGCUACUGGCAGCAAAAUCAAUACUCUAGCUGUCCUUUCAAGCUUGUGUGUCCCAUCAAGGCACCAUUACGGCCAGAAAUCAUGAUCAGCAGCAACAUGCAUGAAGUUCUCAGGCUUAACCUGGUAAAAACUUAGUAAAUUGCUUAAUUGUUAUUUCUCUUGAUUGUCCUCCUAUGCAUAAGUCACAGUGUAGCUGGCUGUACAGCACUCAACAGGGCAGCCAUGCACUAGCCAGCUGCUUUAAAAUGACUGCAGUCUUUGCAGGUAUCUCAGUACAUGAUUAUGCCAUGAGACUCUCAAAAUGCACCGAAGUUCUGCUACUGAAAAAGGUCCCUGAUGCUUCUCUGAGCCAGUAAUUGCUUUCACGGUCAGUGCUGCAGUUCUCAGUUAGAUGCUGCCCAGAUUCUGGAAUGAUGGAACAACCUGAGUAUGUGAUGAUUGAUGGUGAAGACAGAAGGGUUGGGGUUUAUUGUAUCUUUGGACUUAUGAAGCACAUUCCACAGGAGCUCUCUUUUGAUAGUGUCAGAGGCCUUGGAGAGGUUGACAAAGGCUAUAAACAGAUUUCGAUGUUCUCAGCACUUUUGUUGCCACAUAUACAUACACACCACAGACACUCA